AUGAUUAUUUAUAUGAUUCAAAUAUAAUUUCCACAACUUAAUAAUCAUAUUUAUGAAGAUGAAAAUCCAGACUAUGCAAAACCCAUGCAAUUCUAUAUAUCUGAAGCCUUGAAUCGUUUAUAGAAAUCAAUUCCAAUAGAAACCAGAUUCAUUUUAAAGAUCAAUGAUUAAGAAAAGGAUAUCACCGAUGACUUAUCAAUUUUACUAAUAAGUACAGCUUCAAAGAUUAAAAUACUUCUCAAUUUUUAGAUUAAAAUUGUUAUCAUAUUUGAAACCCAAGAAGAGCAAAUUACUCUUGAUUAUAAUUGCUUUGAUAAUUUAUUUUGGUUAGAAAAGCAACUCAAAAAAACUCAUAAUAUAUCACCCUAUCAGUUAAAUUUCUUUCAUAAAUAAAAUAAACUGCAUAAAGAUAAACCCCUUAUUGAUUUACCCAUUGAAAAUGACAAUGUAAUUAAUUGUUAAAUAAUUGGGACUUAUUUAAUCAAAUAUGAGGUUGAAACAUCUAUAGAGAUCAAUAUAUAUGCAACAAUAGAUUAAGUAUAUCAAUAAGUGUAAUAAUGUUUCAAUCUGUAACAGGAAUUUCAACUCUAUUUUUAGGAAACAUUAUUAAAAAAAAAAACAUUGGAUAGAGACUUAUUAUUUUAUGAAACUUAAAUAAAACCUUAUUCUGAAAUUAAAUUGAAAAUAACUUCAAAAGUUGCUAUGUACAUUUACAUAGAUACCAUAAAGAAGUUCGAGUGUUAUCUGGUUUCUCAAGACUUGAAGUUAAAGGAUUUGAAAAAUUAUUUAAUAGAAUUAUGUUAAAUUGAUAAGCUUUGUUAGUAUUAAUUUGUUGUUGAAAAUUAGAUAUUAUUUGAUGAUUAAUUUAUUUCUCAUUUAUCAAAACAGUAAUUGAACAAUGUCAUUACCUUAAAAGCAGUAGAUGAAAGUAUAAAAUUCUAUAUUUGCGAAAAAGAUUUAGAUUGUUUUAAAAUAAUUGUAGAAAUGAAUUAAAAUACGCAAAUAUAGGAUUUAUAAAAUUUAAAAUAGUUGACGGGAUAAUAAUGUCAAUUUUAUUUUAAGAAUUAGCUUCUAAAAAAGGAGGAGACAUUCUAAUAAAUUAAUUUAAAAAAUAAAGAUAUUAUUUAUUAUGAAAUUCAAUCAACUUGA